AUGAGUAUUAAACAAAUUGAUACCAAUAUCAAUAGCAAUAAAAACGAAGAAGAAUUAAAUAUACUUGUAGCUGUGAGAUGCAGAAGUAGGAAUAAACGUGAGGUUGAGGCUAAAAGUCCAGUUGUAGUGACCGUACCUGAUAUAAUGGGAAAGAAUGAAGUAAUAAUUAAUACAUCUGGCGAUAUUGGAAUAGCGGCACAACUCACCUCCAAAAAAUACCUUGUAGAUAAAGUAUUUGGACCAAGUGCAGAUCAAAACCUUAUUUUCCAAGAAAUUGCAAAUCCACUUUUUACAGAGUUUGUCAAAGGCUACAACUGUACUGUACUAGUAUAUGGUAUGACAUCUACUGGGAAAACAUAUACUAUGACGGGGGAUGAAAACUUGCGUAAUGGAGAGCUAGUUGAUGAAGCUGGAAUUAUACCUAGGAUAUUGUUCAAGCUUUUUGACCAUUUAAAAUCUGACCAGCAAAACUCAGAUUUCAUAGUAAAGUGUUCUUUCAUCGAGCUAUACAAUGAAGAAUUGAAAGAUUUGUUAGCGUAUCCAAUAUCAACGACUAUAUCGGACAGCAAUGUUAAGAAACUAAAAAUUUUUGAUUCAAAUCCUAAAAAUAGUAGGAAUCAUACCUAUAAAGCCAAAAGAUAUGUUCAUAAUACUGAUGCUGCUAAUAACACAAUGAAGAGAAAAAGUUUUACUAGAAGCACACCUUCGAUCUCGAACAGCAGACGAUCUAGUCUUAGCCGUAUCAGCAGUCGAAACAGUUCAUCUUUAUCAUUUCAAGACAAUAAUGCCACGACUAAUGGUACCAGAGAAAGAAACAAUGACACUGGCAUUUACAUACAAAAUUUACAAGAAUUUGAAAUAAGCUCGGCGCAGCAAGGAAUCAGGUUAUUACAAAGAGGUUUAAAAUUAAGACAAGUAGCAUCCACCAAAAUGAACGAUUUUUCAAGUAGAUCUCACACUAUAUUUACGAUACUGUUGUACAAAAAAACGAAUGAUCGCGAUGAGAUGUACAGGAUUUCAAAAAUGAAUUUAGUAGAUUUAGCAGGCUCAGAAAACAUUAAUAAAUCGGGAGCACAAAACCAGAGAAUUAAAGAAGCUGGUUCGAUAAAUCAAAGUCUAUUAACGUUAGGAAGAGUAAUAAAUUCAUUGGCUGACAAAAAUCCACACGUCCCCUUUAGAGAAUCGAAGCUAACACGAUUAUUGCAAGACUCUCUAGGUGGGAAUACCAAAACUGCAUUGAUAGCCACGAUAUCACCAGCCCAGAUGAAUUUUGAUGAAACAAGUAGUACCUUAGAAUAUGCAACCAAGGCCAAAAACAUUAAAAAUAAACCGGAAAUGGGUGAACUUCUUUUAAAAGACAUACUAGUAAAAAAUUUAGCUACCGAACUCUCCAAGCUCAAGGCAGAUUUGUAUAACACUAAAAAUAAAGAGGGGAUUUAUUUAGAGUCGGAAAAUUAUGAUGAAUUGAUGAGGGAUUAUGAAAAUUCUAAAACAGAAGUCAUAGAAGCUAAGAGGUUGAUAAAAUAUUUGAAGUCUCAGAAUGAGGAAUAUUUAAAAGAGAAGCAAAAGUUUAUAGGAAAACUUGAGCUUCAAAAAAAAAAAAUUUUGGAAUUAAAUACAGUGAUUGAUUACAUAUAUGAAAAAAUGGACAAACAACAUAAAAACGAAGAGAAUUUGGUAGACCAUGCCAAACAAUUGGCCGAAGCUAUAACUUUGAUGCAGGAUACUGUUAAUUAUUACAAUGAAGACAAGAGAAAUUCUAAAAAUAGGAUUAAAGAAAUUUUAGAUAAUACCCUCUGGGAAAUACAAGGUAAUAUAGAUCAGUAUUUAUCGAGAAUACAAGACAUACUAGAAACAAACAUUGGUACACAUGAGGUAGAGGAAGUGAUCGUUUCAUCUGCUGACCGCCCUCGAAACACAACAACACUAAUCGAAUCGAUAAAAAAAGAUGUCAUGGAAACAUUUCAGAAAAUCAAAUCUAAAAAUGUCCAAGAAAUUCAAAAUGUGGUAGACACUCAAGUGGAUGUUUCAACCAAAGAUCUUGAUGAUAUUACUUCUCAUAUUGAAAAUUUAAAGCAGGUGACAGCAAAGCAAAUAUGUAAUAUUACUACCGGGUUAAGCGAAAUAAGUGAAUAUUGUAACGAAUUCCGUUAUAUUUUGAAUGAAGAUCUAUUUAACGUGGAUUGUGAAGCAGUUAUAUCACCAUUAUUAUUGACAACCUAUACUCAUUUAACUGAAGAUUCUAAUGAAUUAUUGGCUAGUAUGAAGAAAUUGAUGGAAGAUCAUUUACAAAACAGCAAAACCAUGCUUAUGGACUCGUUGAAGCAUAUAACAACAGAUUUAGUUGCCUCUGAAAACAAAGCAUUAAAUCCAACAAGACUGAAAUUAGAUGAGACUAUAGAAAAAAUCAAUCAUUCUGAUUCAUUAAAUAAUAAAUUUGAAAUCAAUUUUAAAAAUUCAAUAACUUGCAUCCAAGAAACACUUCAAAAAAACAAAACUACGAAUGCUGAAUUUAAAAACUUGGUCAAAAUCCAAUUAGAUAGCUUAGAUAAAGAAUGUGCAAAAUUAAGCGAUGCAAAAGAAGGUUCCCGAUUUUUUUCUGGUUUAAACGAGUUAUCUUCGUCACAAGAUAUGAUGAAAUUAGAACUAAAAUCGAACUUGGGCCAUUACCAAUCAAUUCGAAAAAAUAUCAAGGAUAUGGGUGAUAGUUUGGAAAAGUUGAUAGAAAAUAAUGACAACAAAAACAAAGAAAAUGAAUCAACCCUAGACAAAAUACUUAAGCAUAUAGAGUAUAAACAGUUAAAACCGGUUGGUUCCACAGGGAAAACACCAUUGAGACCAAUGGUUCCCAUAGAGAAUGGAAUAUCGCACGCAUCUGUUAACCAACCAGGGGAGACUACUAUCAUAAAAAGACACAAUAAUACAGCACAAAGCCCUACCAUCCUAAGAAAACGGACACAUAUAUUGGAUGACGAUGUUAAAUCUGAUAUUGUUGAGGAAAGCGAAAUGGGUAUUCUAAACAAAAGGAAUAAAGUUAUAGAGUGA